UAUCUACAAGUAUAUAGCAAAUAAGGAACCUAUACUUGGGCUACGACUGCUGAGUGGGCCAGAUGGCAUCAUUAUUGUUGGUCACCUUCUUUCUUUUGUCUUUAUUCUUUUUCAACUUUUUUUUCCCUCUCUUUCUCUCUCUUUUCUCUCAUACUUCUUAUUCCCUCUAAUACAGACAUCUCUCAGAAACACUCUGGUCGCAGUUAAUCCCCGCACACUCAAUUUAAUCACUCAGCGGUCCCCCCCGCAAAUCCUCCUUGGAAACUCUCUCCUGCUGAACUCCCGACACUUUUUUCCACUGGACACUUUUUCCUACGUAUUACACCACCGCACUUUCGACCCUCUCUACGCCCUAUUUACCGCUAUUUCACGCUCCGGAACAGCAAUUCUCCUCCUAUUCUGAAUCUCUUGCUUUCGUUUACUAUCUCUGGACAGUCUAUAGCCUAGACAACUCCCGGCAGGGCUGCCCGAGUCACCAUGGCUUCUUUCAAGGAACUCUCUCUCUCGCGUCCUCUUCCGCAGUCCUCCCAACGACACCACCACUCGCAUUCCAUGUCUCUCGGGGCCGUGAAUCCAAACCACCGCGUUACUCGUCGCAAGAGUGUCACCACAGCCGCUGUCACCAGUACUGCUGCUGCCGCCGUGGCUGCUGCUACCGUCAAAGAUCCCAGCGGUGGUGAUUCCGCGGGUGUUCCCAUGCCUGCCUCUGUCAACCGUCGACCCUCCAGCCGCAAGCCUCCCAUGGAAUCCUCCUCGGUCGGAGUACCCUCCGGUUUCACCGCGGCCACUUCCUCGCCCUCGUUUUUCUCCCGGAGCAUGAACAGCCCUGGUUAUCAAGAUCCUUCGGUCGCUGGCAAGCUCUCGGUCCCGAACCAAUCCCCCCUUGCUCCGAACACUGGCUCCGCCGCUACAAACACUCGGCCAAAUCCAUCGAACCUCUCUGCUUCCUCUUCUUCUAAGAAUCGAAGCCGCCGUGUCAGUGAAGGUGCUCCCCCGACCAGAGAAGGAAAGCGUUCUUUGGUCGAACUUCGCUGUGAACGUUGCGGGAAAGGGUACAAGCAUGGCAGCUGCUUGUCCAAGCAUAUGUGGGAACAUGACCCGGCUUGGGCUGUUACCUCGAAGCUAUUGAUCUCCAAGCAUCAGCAAGUUCAACUCUUGGAAGCCGCUAGUGUUCUCGUCACUAUGAAUGAUGGCCCGGAGGAAUCGGAGUUAUCUUCCGCCUCGCCCGACGCGUCUUCGGAGCGUCGUGAAGGUCUCAGUUCCGCAGACACCACGCCCCCUCCCAUGGAGCAAGACAUGGAAGAGAAUGAGGAAAGCGAAGACGACGAGGAUGAUCUGGAGAUGUCUGGCGUGUCGACCACCGCAGACAAGCGAUACGACGUUCCCCGUGCCAGCCGGAAUCCCUCUGGACUUUUCUCCCACUCCUACCAAUCCAUUCCGUCGAGCUCGUUCAAUGGGAGUGCUCCAUUGCACUCACCGUCAUUUGCCAACUUCCGCCACUCCAGCAUCGAGACGCGACCUUCGACGGCAAACACGAGGCUGCAUGACGACGAUGAGGCAGACUUGGCCGCGGCAAUUGGUCUCUGCAACUUUGGCACCCCACGGACACGUCCUGUGGCCAUGUCGCCCAGCAUUCCCCCGGUGCCUUCGCUGCCAGGACGAUUCCUGGAUCCUAGCAAUCAGAGUCAGAGCUUGGACCAGUCCCGAGUGCCCGCAGCCGACACUGCCAUCCCUGGAUCUAUCCCCGGAUCCAUCCCGAACUUCCUGUCGGUAUCCUACAACCCAUCUCUUUCCUACAAGGUAUCCGAUGAACGGGAAGUCCGGACGGGCGAUACAGACCGCACAUCGCGGCAGAACCGCAACGCGGAUGUCGACUUUGGGAACCGUCCGACGCAGGACGACGAUGACGACGGCGUUUUUGGUCUGAUGGAGGAGUAACCUACCCCUUCCCCUUGCCCUUUCCAACAGCUGCAACAGCCAGCUGCAUAAUGACUCUACGAGCUAGCCUCUUGCUUUCCUUUCUGUUUUAUCCCCAUUGAUGCGUAUUUGGUUGCAUCAUUGCAGUCCCAGAUGAACUACCCAGCCGUUGACGUUGGUAUCAUUCUGGGACUUUGCCUUUACAUAUUACAAGAUGGACUAGCUUGGAAUUAUACGGUCCAUCCAAGUAUAUUAUUAUUAGUCCUUCCUUCUGUUUCCUUUGUUUCCAGCCACCAUGUAUCAUUUGAAUUUCUACAUAACCAUCAUGGCCAGCGUUUGAUAUUGAUAUAUACACCCUGACCUUGUAUACAUGCGUUGCAUGUACCUCUGGUCUCUGUACUUGCUUGAUAGCAAUGGAGAUAUUGCAUUAAUUGUUGCACGGAUAUAUACAUGUAGUGCAGUGCUACUCAGCCC